AUGGCAAACAUCAGCCCCAGCAUCUGGAUUGGAGAUGAUGAAGCAGGCUAUGACUUGGACUGUUUUUGCAUCCCGAAGCAUUAUGCUCAAGAUCUGGAAAAAGUCUUGAUCCCUCAUGGGCUCAUCAUGGACAGGACUGAACGCCUGGCACAAGACGUGCUGAAGGAGAUGGGAGGCAGCCCCAUUGUGGCCCUCUGUGUCCUCAAGGGGGCCUAUAAGUUCUUUGCUGAUUUGCUGGAUUCUAUGGAGACCCUGAACAGGAACAGAGACCAGUCCAACCCCGUGACUGUGGAUUUCAUCAGACUGAGCAGCUACUGUAAUGACCAGUCCACAGGGACAGUCACAGUGAUGGGGGGAGCUGAUCUCUCCAGCCUAACUGGCAAGAAUGUCUUGAUUGUGGAAGAUAUCAUUGACACGGGGAAAACCAUGCAGACUUUGCUUUCCCUGGUGGAGCAGCAUCAGCCAAAGGUGGUGAGAGUAGCCAGCCUGCUGGUGAAAAGGAGCCCUCAAAGUGGGGGAUACAGACCAGACUUUGUGGGCUUUGAAAUUCCAGACAGAUACGUGGUGGGAUAUGCCUUUGACUACAAUGACUACUUCAGGGACUUAAACCAUAUCUGUACCCUGAGUGAGACUGCCAGAGACAAGCAUGCCUUGUGUAGAGAAGCUCUGAAACACUCUGGGGAGACCCAACCACGAGACAUCUGGACCCCCAGUUAAAUUUGUCCCCUGUUUCAGCUCUUGUGAGCAUGUGCUUAUUA